CAUGGUAAUCAAGAUAAACAGAAUGAAGAAGUAAAUUAUAAUAAAAAUAAUUAUCAAAAUACAUUAGAAGAUUCUAAACCGAUCAUUGGUGCUAUAAGCACAAAUGAUGUAUUGACAUCGGACUUAAGUUUUGCAGAAUCUCAAGAAAAUGAACUCCCCGAAAAUAAUUCUUUUGGACCGGAAUAUCUUCCUGAACCUAUCCCACCGCGAUUUACGUAAGCAAACUUUUAGAAAUAAAAUACCUACUGUUACAUUUAAUUUAAAUAAAUAUGUAUUAAGCUUCCACCGUAAUACGUGUCACAAAAAGCUUUGCAAGAUGUUAGAAACAACUAUUUUUGGUAAUGAUUUUAAUAUGCAAAGACCAUUAUAUUCCUUUCUAUUUUUUUUUUCAAUAUUUAUGUCUUUGAUUAACUUUUUUAGCAAAUGCAUUGAACGUGAAAUUUAGUGUACCGAAGCAAACAUUGUGUAAAUAGAAGUAAUUUCACCGCAUUCGAUGUAAUGCUUGGAUAAAGAUAUGAUUUUAUCCAGAAAGCGAGUAAAAGACCUAAAGCAGUCUGCUCUAUGCCCUCAAUAACCGGUCGUUCUUAUGACGAUAAACAUAAGACGAAAAGCAUGUAUUCCGUACACUGCGAGAGUUCCCGAUGACGUUAUGAGAAAGGUAGAUGAUUUAAAAAGGGUUUCGCCUCAAAGAGCAUAUGUUUGCCAUCCAAUCACUUGUUUUACGGAUGUGAACGGUAACGGUUACAGAACCCAAUGCCGGCUAAGAGAAGUUGACGGAGAAAGUUAUGGUUUCCAUGCUGACUGUGCGUUCUUUCAGGCAUACAAUACUUAUACCGCACCUGUAAUAGUACCGAUCGGCAAAAAUUGUUCAUCACUAAAAGUAUUUGUGUUGUAGUAGUGAACACGAUGAACGCGGGCAACAAUACGUAGUACUAUUAUUUAUUCUGUGGCAAUAGGCAGACGUAUCUACGCCAUUCAUCUGAAUAAAGCUUUGGAAUUGGGUUCAACAAGAGGGCAAUACAUUUUAAGUGUGUGAGCAGUUGACGCCGUUUAAAUGCAAACAAGAAAACAUGCGACGUAGAAGGACAUAACGCCCCGCGUCACGCGCCGGAAAGAAAGUGUGAAGUGUUAGAAAUUUGUAAAUAUCCUCUUAAGAGGAUAUCUAGUCGGCGUUUAUUCUAUACAAACAUAAUAAUGAUCAAGAAUAAAGACACCAUGUUCAUGUUUUGUUAUUUUCCAUAAGUUAUUAAUUUUAAAAACUGGGAACCUAAAAUUACCGAAAAAUCAGAUCAGAAUCAGAUAUCCAGCAAACAAAUUUUACAAACAUUAAAAUAAAAGAAAAACACAAAGGCAAUCGUCAAUCAAUGUUGUUUUUAAAAAAGAAGUUGAAAUCAGUCCAGUUGAGGCGGAACGGAAGUAGAGUCACGCUGCAGCUAUAUUAUUGAUGUAGCAUGAAUGGGACGACUCUACCGGGGAAGGACCACGCUCUCACAGUACCGGCUUUGGUGUUUAUUUUUCUUUGUCGUACGUGUGUUUUGCUUAAUUUUAUAGUCUCCUAAGUAGUUUAAAAAUAUCACUGUUCACGAAUGAAUAUUUGAGCUCUUCAUGUGUUAGAGCACAAAGUAAUCAGAACUUGAGGUAUAAUAUUAUAGCACUUGACACUCCAACACAACUAUGUAACUGUAGUAUCCACCUGUAGCGCUUUACUGGGAUAUUUGAUUGUUCAUUGUACAACUAAUCAUCAUCAUCAUCAUCAUCAUCAAUAUUACAGCCUAAGUCCACAGCUGAAUGAAUAUACUUUAUUUUUAUUUUUGAUACGUGAACCCACUUACCCAUCCACUAUUAUAGAUCUGAAGUUUUUUUUUUAUUUUUAUAUUUAAGUUCUACUCAGACACGGGUUAAAGCUAGUUACUAAUAAAACAAAAUCUUUCAGAUCAGGCAAAGAGCUAUAUGAAAUGCUGAUGCUGAGGACAAAGGAGGAAACCGUGAAUUGGAGCUCUUUAUCAGUGGCAGAGAAGAGGCGCUAUCAGAAUGCUAUCCUGUGUAUAAAAAGAAAUUAUAUAAAGUCAUAUAGAUCUUUUUUGGAAAGCUUAACACCUGAAGAACUGUUUAAUUAUUAUGUUAAAAAUAAACACGAGG